AAACGUAAAGUUAUAAUGACCCCCACCAAUCGUAACAACGAGGAAAUAGAGGGGCAACCAUAUAAAGAGUAUGUCUACAGCCCUGUACCAGUAAGUUCUACUUCAGCAGUGCACCAUCCCACCACCACACUCACUAAUUUUUAUAAAAACAAUACCAGCAAAGAGUCCCAGUGCGUUAAUAAUAAAGGUUACCAUCACAUUUCACAAGCAAAAAAAAUGGCAGAGAAGGGUUCAAAAUUUCUUCAGUACCUUGCUGCCACUACCGGUAACCUAUGUAUUGUCGCCACAGGAGCUAUGCUGGGAUGGACAAGUCCAAUCCUUCCACGAUUACAGGAAGACAACCCCUUGAAUCCCGAUAACCCUUUAAAUUACCCAGUGUCAAAGGAAGAAGCUUCCUGGAUUGGGUCACUGGUACCGAUGGGAGCAAUUUUCGGCUGCUUUGCGGCAGGAAUUUUAGUAGAAAAAAUUGGUCGAAAGAAAGGUCUCUUGUUCAGCACGGUACCGUUUUUAAUUGGUUGGAUAUUGGUAGCAAGUGCAAGAAGUAUAUAUCAACUUUAUGUAGCUAGGUUAAUUUUCGGUUUUGCUCUCGCAGUUCCGUUCACGAUUCUUCCUAUGUACAUCGGUGAAAUUGCUGAAACGUCAAUUAGAGGUUCAUUAGGAUCGUUUCUGCAAUUGUUCAUAACCAUUGGUUUACUAUUCUCAUACGCAAUCGGACCGUACGUGUCGUACAUGGUUCUUUGGAUAGCGUGCGGUUCAUUGCCAAUAAUCUUCUUCAUUUCUUUUUUGUUUAUGCCAGAAUCGCCCUAUUUCCUUUUGGGGAAAGGACAAAAAGAGGAUGCAAUCAAAGCUCUGGCGAGAUUACGAGGAAAAAGUACAACGAGUGUACAGAAGGAAGCCGACGAGAUGCAGGCGACAGUAGACGCUGCAUUCAGAACGCAAACGACUCUCGCGGAUCUGUUUAAAGUGAAGGCAAAUUUCAAAGCACUAUUAUUCACGUGCGCAUUGGUGAGCUUUCAACAACUGACUGGAAUAAAUGUUGUUUUAAUUUAUGCCGAGGGCAUUUUCAAAAGUACCGGCACUUCCCUGAGCACAUCACUUUCGACAAUUAUCCUUGGAGUUGUUCAAGUGUUGGCAUCGGCAGUGACACCGCUCGUCAUUGAGCGAUUGGGACGAAGAAUUCUUCUGGUUAUUUCCGGUGUUGGAACUGCAGUCACCUUGGGUGCAUUGGGUCUGUUUUUCUUCCUGAAGGACGUGCAACACGACGACGUGGAGAGUAUCUCGUGGCUACCAGUAGUUUCGCUGGUGAUUUACAUUUCCCUCUACAGUAUUGGCUGGGGACCACUUCCAUGGGCAGUGAUGGGUGAAAUGUUCGCAUCCGACGUCAAGGCAAAAGCAUCCGGAAUUACGGUCUUCGUAUGCUGGGGACUCGCCUUCAUUAUCACGAAAUUCUUCAGCAACAUCGAAUCUGCUUUUGGCACUCACACCGCCUUCUGGAUAUUCAGCGCGUGCUGCGUGGUAGCCGUACUUUUCGCCGUUUUAAUUUUACCCGAAACCAAGGGAAAAUCCCUACAAGAAAUUCAAGACGAAUUAAAUGGAAUUAGGCCCGCUGUUCCCAAUCUCGAAGGAGGACCCUCAUCCAAAUUAUAAGAUAUUCAGAAAAUCUAUAUUUUAUUUUCCAAUUUUUUACCAAAUUUUAAUUUUUAAAAAAAUUUUUUUUCAAUUUUUUUUUUAUAUUUUUGUUUUUUGAAAUUUGAGUCAUAAAAAUAUUUUUUAAAGUUUUUAACAUAAUUUUACACUAAAGUUGACGUUGAAGAAAUUUGCGAAAUUUUUCCUAUACUGUUUGUGCAUUUCUGCGGGUAUAUAAGGUAAUUUUAAGAUUAGAGAAUUUAAAAAAAUAAUUUAUCAUUUGACUACGGGUCGAUGUGUUGUGAAAUAUGUUUUGCACUUUUUUUUUCAUAAAAAGGCAAAAUAAUUUCAUUGACUCGUUUUUAUAAACUCACUUAUAGUAUUUUGCGGUAGAUUUUACUGCAACAAAGUUUCUAUUAUAUUUUUAUACAAAAUAAUAAUGUUCAUAAAAAAGUCAUCUAUCGAAAUUCAAACUUAAAAUACAAUCCCAGUGAUUUAUGAAUAUUUUAAAUGAAUUUAGAAUUUUAUAUUAACAAAUUGUAAGUAAUUAGAAAAUUUUUACGAAUGCAUUUCAAGCAGAUACGUUUUUCGUAACUUUAAAGCUACGGUUUUGCAAUUUUUUAUUUAUUAAAAAGAACUUCAAUUUUUAAAUAAUUAUGGGAAAAAUAUUAAUACUUUGAUAUUGUUAAAAAUUUAAUUUAACUAAUUUAUUAAUUUAUUUAUAAAAAAAUUUUAAUUGAAAAAUAAUUGUCUAAUAAAUUGUAAAGUUUACAAUGUUUAUGGUCAACGAUUGAAAGUGAGAAAUUUUUCACGAUAAAGUUUUUUGUUUAAAAAUUUCGGAAAAAAUAUUUUUCCUUCUAAAUUGAUCAUGAACAGGGUUGCCACAGGUCAGGAAAUUCAGGGAAUUCAGGGAAAAGUCAGGGAAAGUAAAAUUAG